AUGGUGUCCACCGUUGCCCAAAAGCGCUUGUUCCACGAGUACAAAAACCUCUCCACCAACCCACCGGAGGGAAUCACCGCCGGCCCCGUCUCCGAAGAUGACAUGUUCUACUGGGAGGCUCUGAUCCAAGGCCCAGAAGAAACACCAUUUGAAGGCGGUGUUUUUGCUGCAGAACUUAAAUUCCCAAGAGAUUACCCUCUCAGCCCGCCGACGAUGAAAUUCAUCGGCGGAGGCAUCUGGCAUCCCAACGUCUAUCCCAACGGGACUGUCUGCAUUUCGAUCCUCCAUCCUCCCGGCGAUGACCCUAACCAUUACGAGCAUGCUUCGGAGCGCUGGUCGCCUAUCCAGAGCGUAGAGAAGAUCCUCAUCUCGGUCAUGAGCAUGCUUGCCGAGCCGAAUGACGAGAGCCCUGCUAAUGUCGAGGCUGCUAAGAUGUGGCGCGAGCGCAGGCCCGAGUAUGAGGCUAAGGUUCGAGACGAGGUGAAGAAGGGGUUGGGACUGUGA